AUGCCCAGCCCUGCACCUGUGGUUUCUGCCCUUCAACCGACACUUGCACCUGCACCUAUGGUACCCGCCCCUGAACCUGCACCUGCACCUGCAUCUGUGGUGCCCGCCCCUGCACCUUCACCUGCACCACCUCAUGUGGUGCCAGCACCGGCACCGGCACCAAAGCCUACCGGACCUGUGGUACCUGCUGUUUUCAUAUUUGGGGACUCAACCGUAGAUGUUGGGACAAACAAUUACUUGAAUAAGAGUGGAGCAAAGGCAGAUAUGCCGUAUAAUGGGAUAGACUAUCCAGGAUCUGUCUCAACGGGAAGGUUUAGUAAUGGUUACAACACAGCUGAUUGUUUAGUCAUGUAUAUGGGUUACCCUGAGAGCCCGCCAGCUUUUCUCCACAUUCUUAAUCAGCACGGGACGUAUUUAAGGAGCAUCCAAAACUUCAGUGGCGUUAACUUUGCCUCUGGAGGAUCCGGACUUCUCCACGAUACCGGAAAUCAUUUAUACACAGAGGUUAUUCCCAUGAGGGAUCAGGUCCAACAAUUCAAAACCGUUCACAGCAAUCUCUCAGAAGCAAUGGGUGGAUCUCCGGAUAACAUCAUUAGCAAGUCUUUCUUUCUCAUCAGUGUGGGAAGCAAUGACAUCUUUGAAUAUUUUGCUCUCAACAAGACACAAACCCUGGAAGAGUUCAUUGCCACUUUAAUUGAUAAUUACCGAACUCAUUUAAAGAGUCUUCUAGAUCUUGGGGCAAGAAAAUUUGGCAUAAUUAGUGUGCCAGCAAUUGGGUGCUGUCCACACCAACGUACUUUCAAUGAGAGUGGUGGGUGCAGGGAGGCAUUGAAUCCGUUUGCUCUAGUGUUCUUUGAGGAACUGCAAGUCCUCCUGCUGAAUCUAACCUCAGAGUACCCUGCGAUGGCCUACUCACUUGGAGACACCUAUAAAAUGACAAAUGCUCUACUUCAUAUUUCCGAUCCUCAGCACCAGCUACAACUCCUAGAAGCAUAUGGGUUGAAGGAGAUAGAAGAAGCUUGUUGUGGAAAUGGAACGCUGUACGCAGAAUCUCCAUGCCGAUCAAAUUCCCGGUUAUGUAAGAAUAGACAGAGUUACUUUUUCUGGGACCAGUACCAUCCCACAGAAGCGGCUUCUAGGGUCUUGGCUUAUAUACUUUACGAAGGGACACGGGACUUCGUUGUGCCAAUGAAUUUUGGUCAACUAGCAGAGCAAGAUCAGUAA